AUGAGCGGCAGUAAACGACGCCAAAGCUCUGCCUACAGUGAUGAUCUAUCGCGCUACGAGUUUGUUGAUUAUACUUCUGUAUCGCAUUUCGAGAAAUUCGUCACACACAUUGAAGAAACACUGUAUUCGUGGGGUGUCAAGGACGGCUCUUAUGGCCUAUUCUCCCAAGAGCAGCUAGCAAGAGCCAGAGCAGCUAUUGCGCAUCCUUCAGCCACGGAAUUCACGAGAAGAGAGACACUGGCCAUGGGCGACGAUGUAUUUCAGCUCACUUACCAUUACCAUCCCACUGCAUCCAUAAACGAGAUAGACGACACCCAGCAGCAGCAUUUUUACCAGUUCAGUACAGCACAAUACCAUCCUCUGCAUCGAUGGACUGGCCUGGAUCGUCUGAUGAUUGUCAAACCAAUGCAGGACUCUAUCAAAAACAAGAUAUUCAAUUCGAGUAAAUCGUCCGUGGACAUUUCACAAGCCAAACUAUUGAUAUCAGCGUGUGCUAUUGCAUUCCAGAACGCCGGUUGUCAAGUGCCUGUGUUUGUUCCAGUUGGACAGAGUCGCCAUGAAUUAUACAUGGGAUAUGGCGUUACAAGCCAGCGGCCACAGAGCGCCAUCAAUGAGACAGAAGCGCGAUAUAGCAUGACGCUGACAACACCUCCUGUUUCGCACUUGUCGUACUUGGACGGCCUCAAGACCUUGUUCUUGCAGAGAUUGAGCAUGCAUCGAGAGGAUUACGGCAAGGCGGGAGACGCACCGGAAUCGUCCAUCUACAUUUCAGCUGUCUACACGUACAACCUCAAAAACUGGUUCGACGAGCACUGGAAAGAAUGGGAAGAGGUGGUAGAGCAGGAGACCAAGCGCAGAAGCAGCUUUGAUGAUGAAUUUGAGGCAUGGGGAAACGACGAUGAUGAGGUCGAUCUGUCAGAGCCAGAAGCAGAACAGAGAUCGGGAUUGACGCAUAAACGAAAAUUGGAAGAGAUGAGCCAGCAUCAACUGUCAUUCGGCUCCUUCAACGACCCACUCCGUACAUUGACAUUGAGUGCGCUGUUUCCUUUGAUUCAAGAAAAUGAAUUCCACGAAGCGUAUGACAGGAACAUGGAUGCAUUGACAGCAAAGCAGUGGCAGGUAUCCAGAGAAUUUGCCCCAGUGAACCAACAAAGAGCCUAUCUCGCUACGCUUAUGGAGCAAGUGGUGGAAUCAUGGGUGAAGGAUCCUACCAACAGAGAGUAUUUAGCACCGUACGACGACAACAACGAUGAAUCUACCAGUGAUAGUGCUGGAUUGAUGCAUAAUUUGUUUGCUGCCGGCAAUCGACACAAGUUCUCGUCUCAGAUGGGAGCAUCUACAGGCACAAGCACCGCCAGCAACAGCACCAGUGGACUUGCGGACUCGGUCACUGUAACCAAGUCGGAUGCAGUGGACGAUGUGCUGACAGCUCUGUUCUAUCCUAUGGCUACCAGCAAAGACAACGACACCAAAAAAACCACCGCACACUGCAAAUUUGACAGCACCCAGAAGCUCGGCUUGAAACUGAAAUCAGGAUCAUCUGUGCCCUAUCGAUCCUUUUUGUGGAAUGUGUUGUUGUAUAGUUUAGAGGCUGUUUCUCAUUCGCCCGCCAAUGGAGCAGGAUCAAAGAAGAACGCGACGAAUUUCAUGGGAUUUCUGCGAGUGGUAUGGGUGGAAGUUCUAAAGCAGAUACGUUGGCAUUGGGAGAAUUCGGAACCAAUUCCAGGAUUGAACCCCUAUCUCUACGACGACUCUAAUGGGGAAGAAGCCGACAAGGACAGCAAAACAUUAGGCAUCGACCUUCGCUACAAUAUUCUGCAUCAAAAGAUUUCCAUGAUCAAUUGCUGUAUUCUUCGUCGAAAACAGAAUGCACCGCAAAAUGGAAACGUAGGCGAUCAUACCAAAAAACCUGUUCAGCGUGUUGGUCGUUUGUUUGACCAAGUCUCUGAGGAGAAAACGCCUAGAACAUCCAAAUUUCAAACCCUGCUGGAGCGAUUUGUAGAAGGAGGAGCGGAUAGCAACAGCAGUGAGGCUAUAGAGGAUUCCAUCUCUAUCGCACCGUCCGACUUGAGUGAGGAUGGCCCUGUGUCUGAUGGAAGUGAUAUCUUUGUGGAUGCUGUUGAUGAUGCGUCCAACAACAGCAGUAGCAGCAGUGAUAAUACCGGUCGCCGUCCAUCACAGCACGAAGGUGAAGAAGAGGAAGGGGAGGAAGUGAUGGUGCCCAAUAUGCCCAUCACAGUAGAGGAACUGGAGGCGGAUGAGGCCAACGCCGUCAAAGACCCGGAAGCCAUCGAAGGCGAAUCCAAGAUCCACAGUACAUUGAAGCUACUCAAGACAGGACAGCCCAUGCAUAUUCCCAUCACACAAGAUCCAGGCUUUAUGACAGAAGACAUGAUUACGCAGCAAGCAGAUUUAUUUGAAAAAUUAGGCACAUCCACCAAUGCAACACAGCAAAGAGCCAAACUGCAAUCAGCACAACUUUACUCGGACAUGCAAGCAUUCAAAGCAGCCAACCCACAUGCUUGUCUAGAGGAUUUUGUGCGAUGGCAUUCGCCUCGUGAUUGGAUUGCAGAUGCAGAUGCAGAUGAAGAAGGAGGCAAGCUCAGUGCGCGCAUGUCAGAGCCAAACAAUAUAUGGCAAGAGCUGUGGAAAUGGUCAAAGAGAAUUCCCUGCGUGCGACAAAAGCCCUUAUUUAAUAUAUCCGUAGAAGCAGAGAAAGCACUGUAUUUUUUAGAAACAACAUCCGUUCAUGAGUUCUUCUCCAUCAUGCUGCCUACGCUGAGCUUGAUUGCCUAUGAUACACUCUCUGUUCAUCCCGUCACACAGUAUAGUAAGCGUGUAUCGGAUGGUUUGGUCCGUCUGUCAAAUGAACUGGUUGAUUUCUCAUGGGAAGAUCUUCGUCAUGGAAAGCGCACAUUUGGCAGCAUGAUCUCAAUGCUACGACAACAAGAAUCAACCAUGUGCCACGCUAUAUCACUACUGAGAAAGUUACCGAAGCAAUAUGAUCUAGUUGAUCAACUUUUGUUCCAUGAUCAGGCCAUUGUCAAAGAAGGAGACGAGAGAUCAGCCGUGUUCCAGUUAUUCAGAAACGAGCACGGCAUUAUAUCAGAACCAUCUUUCAGAGAGUAUAUCUUUUACAGUGAUUGCAAGGAUUUAACGAGCUCUGAUCGCAUUCUGCCGUCAAGACAGUAUACACUGGUCAAAGAUAAUGAGAUUCGAAUCAUGUAUACACAGACAACAGAUGCACUCUACAAUUAA